AUGACCGACAAACCCGUGUCUCCGUGGAUGAACUGGGUUCAAUCGCGGUUCAGUGACGAGGCGCUUUCCAACAUAUCACCGAGCCUUCAUCUUGAGACUUUGGAGGCCGAGUAUGCCUCUGUCGAACAGGCUCUCAUCGAAGCGCGACGCUUGCGAAACCGGAAGGCUCCGGUUGGCAAGCUCCCCCCUGAGCUUAUGUUGUAUAUCUUCAAAUACUAUCAAUCUCUGUGCUUGCGGACUCCUUUUGACUCGGGUGAAUUAAUCUUCCAUCCUUCCUGGACGACCAUAACUUGCGUCUGUUCUGCCUGGCGGGAAAUAGCAUUGAAUGCUCCAACGCUGUGGGCGACACCCAGAAUCGAUGUUCUGCGGUAUCCUCAGUACAUGCCCGCCAUCGCGUCACGCUCCUUUCCUCUUGCCUUGGACCUGGAUCUGUCGACGUUUGAAACCAUGCCCAAGAUGCGGAGGCAUACCGGCUUCAGGACGUGGUUCAGGUCGUCGCCUGAUCGACCCCAUUGCGAGAGGGCCAAAGGCCUUUCAUUGCGUUGCGACGACAGCAUAAUUGAAUACGUGGCCGCCUGUCUACCCCAGAUGCGAUACCUGCGUAAACUAUGCUUGGACGUACGCUUUCCGUGGGGUGCGGGUUUGACCGUGCCGCGUACAUUUUGGGAGUUCCACGACAUAAACCACCUGACGCUUUCGGGAUGCAACAUUCCGUUGAAUUCGCCUAUCUUCUCUGCCCGACUGGUUCACCUUGAGCUCUACGGCGAUGGAAAGGGGCCAAGGGAGAACUACCAGAGCGUGCGCGAGUUGUUUGCCUGCCUUACAUCACUAGACAGCUUGACCAUGAAGAACAUCGUACCGCUCGUCGCCCCGCAAGACGGGCCCAACCUGGCAAUCGCGCUUCCACCCACCCUCCGCACGUUACAUGUCGCGGUUUCGAGUGCCCUCGUCACGACAGAUUGCAUGAAGUUCAUGUCCAAUCUUCGAGCGCCUGCUCUCUGUUCUCGCACUUUCUACGUCGACCAAGUCGAUGGAUUAUUUGCGGGCGAUGCGUCGUCGGACAACAACUUGAGGCGAAUCUUCUCGCAACUAGCAUCCUGCGAAGACGUUCAAUCCAGAGCACAACACCUACACUUCAGUCACAACCGCGUGGCUCUUGCCUCCGUCGUAUCGCCACCAGAGCUUACAGAAACUAUACCCGAAUGCACCGUCGAGGGGGCUGUCGUCAAUGUAUUCGGUAUAAACGACAGCGACUGGAUGCUUGAAAACCCUAUACACGAUCUUACCGGCAUACUGGACCACGUGGGCCUGGAUCAUCUCCGCGUCAUAUCUCUCAUUCCGGAGACGCUGCGGGCCUUCACCGACAACGAUCUGUGGAAGCGGCUACUACGCGCGAACAACAUCCGUCGCAUCGACAUACGGCUGCACGAGGACUUACUGGACGAACAUUUCGAUCAGUUGCUACUUGCCCUCUGUUAUCGCCACACUGUAACAGAGAGCGGCGUGUCCUUCCUCUUUCCACAUCUGGAAACCUUGGCUAUAGACAUGACGGGAGAGUACGAGAACGACAACGAAGAGUUCAUCACGCAACUCGUCGAUCUUGUUGGCGCACGAUCUGCACUCGGCGUCCCGGUGCAAGAGAUCAUCAUCCCGAAGUGGGUCCAUGACUGGGAGGCACUGGACGAUCUAAAGAUGAUUGUGAAUGUUACAGCCCUAGAUACCUACUCGUAG